UUGAAGCCCACAGACAUGGCUGAAACAAUCGACGAGAAGAUCAAAAACUACAGAACAGCUCCCUUUGAUUCCCGAUUCCCCAACACAAACCAGACCCGCAACUGUUUCCAGAACUACCUGGACUACCACAGGUGCAACAAGGCCCUGACUUCCAAAGGCCAGGAUGCAUCUCCCUGUGACUGGUACCAGAGGGUUUACAAGAGCCUCUGCCCCAAUAGCUGGGUGGGUAAAUGGGACGAGCAGAUAGAAAAUGGAAGUUUCCCCGGAAAAAUUUGA